GUAAAGAAAGCCAGCUAGCAAUACUUAGCGGCUACCUAGCUUUGGUGGUAGCUAGUUAGCUUCAGAGUGAAGAUGACAGAGGAGGGCAGUCCUGUCAAAAUACAGUGAAGCAAGAUUAUAUAAACAGAACCGGUUUUAUAAACAUCUGUUUCUAACAGAUGGGCUUUCGCCAGUCACUGUUACAGAAUAGGAGUCGGUGUGUGGGCCGGUGAAUGCAUAGAGUCAAGAAGGUCAAACUUUGUAACAAAAAGGAAGGUAUCUGGGAAAGUUGUGUAACUGUGAGCAUGAUGGCUGUGGACGGCCUUUCAGACAGCACAGAGGUGGUGGAGAUGGAGGACGUCCCAUCUCAGUUCUUUGUGGAGAAACACUCUUGGGAAGGACUUCGAGAUAUAAUCCACUGCAGCAGGAAGUAUUCGGGUAUGAUUGCCAACAAGGCUCCUCAUGACUUUCAGUUUGUGCAGAAGAGUGAUGAGAAUGGACCCCACUCCCACCGGUUGUACUACCUCGGAAUGCCUUACGGAAGCAGAGAGAACUCAUUACUCUACUCAGAAAUUCCCAAGAAGGUUCGGAAGGAGGCCCUCUUAGUGUUGUCAUGGAAACAGAUGCUGGAUCACUUCCAGGCCACGCCGCACCAGGGCGCCUACUCUCGAGAGGAGGAGCUACUGCGGGAGAGGAAGCGUUUGGGUGCAUUUGGCAUCACAUCCUAUGACUACCAUUCCAAAACUGGCCUCUUCCUCUUCCAAGCCAGUAAUAGUCUCUUUUACUGUCAAGACGGAGGCAGCAACGGCUUCAUCCAGUCUGCUCCCAUAAAGCCCUUGGAGAUCAAGACUCGGUGCUCGGGCACCCGCAUGGACCCCAAGAUCUGCCCUGGACACCCUGAUUUCAUAGCUUUCAUCAACAACAAUGACCUGUGGAUAGCCAACAUCAAGACUGGAGAGGAAAGGAGGCUCACAUUCUGUCACAAAGGUUUAGACAACGUUAAGGAGGACCCCAAGUCUGCAGGUGUAGCAACAUUUGUCAUCCAGGAGGAGUUUGAUCGUUUCACUGGUUACUGGUGGAGUCCCUCAUUGGUAGAAGAUCUCCAUGGAGGUAAAACCAUGUACCUUCUGUAUGAAGAGGUGGAUGAGACGGAAGUAGAAAUUAUUCAUGUUCCAUCUCCGGCUCUGGAGGAAAGGAAAGCAGAUGCGUACAGAUAUCCUCGAACGGGUAGCAAAAAUCCCCAGGCUACCCUGAAACUGGCAGAGAUCAAGACAGACCAACAAGGAAGAAUUGUGAGCACACAAGACAAAGAGCUGGUCGUCCCGUUUAACUCUCUGUUUCCUGGAACAGAGUACAUUGCCAGAGUAGGAUGGACGAGCGACGGCAAAUACGGCUGGGCAGUGUUGUUGGAUCGCAAUCAGAGGAAGCUACAGCUGGUCCUGCUGCCUCCAGCCCUCUUCAUUACUGCCACAGAAGACCCAGCUCUGAGGCAGGAGAACCUGGAUGCCGUCCCCAGCAGCACACAGCCGUACAUCAUCUAUGAGGAGACCACCGAUGUCUGGAUUAAUGUUCAUGAUAUAUUUUAUCCCUUCAUUCAAACAACAGAAGAUGAGUUUACUUUCAUCUGGGUCAAUGAGUCUAAAACAGGUUUCAGCCACCUGUAUAAAAUCACCUCACUGUUGCAACCAGGCUGCUGCCACUGGUCAGAGGAAUACCAUCACAUGGAGGGAAACUUCAAAUGUGCAAUCAAGGAGGAGGUAACGCUGACCAGUGGAGAAUGGGAGGUGCUGGCAAGACAUGGCUCCAAGAUCUGGGUGAACGAGGCAACAAAGUUGGUGUACUUCCAGGGAACCAGGGACACUCCUCUGGAGCAGCACCUGUACGUGGUCAGCUACGAGUCACCGGGAGAAAUGAUCAGACUAACCAAGCCUGGAUUCUCUCACAGCUGCUCCGUUAGUCAGAACUUUGACUUUUUUGUCAGCCACUACAGUAACGUGAGCACGCCCCCCUGUGUUCACCUUUACAAACUGACCCACUCCGAAGACGACCCGCUUCACAUGGUACCAGAAUUCUGGGCCAGCAUGAUGGAGUCACCAGGUUGCCCCGGAGAUUACAAUCCACCUGAGAUCUUUGACUUUCCGGGAAAGUCGGGCUUCCAGCUGUACGGGAUGGUGUACAAGCCUCACAACCAGCAGCCUGGCAGGAAACACCCAACGGUUCUCUUUGUGUACGGCGGCCCACAGGUGCAGCUGGUGAACAACUCCUUCAAAGGGAUGAAAUACCUUCGUCUUAACACACUGGCUUCUCUUGGCUACGCUGUGGUCGUCAUUGAUGGGAGGGGUUCCUGUCAGAGGGGCCUUGAAUUUGAAGGAGCACUGAAAAACAAAAUGGGUCAAGUGGAGAUCGAAGACCAAGUGGAGGGGCUGCAGUACGUGGCAGAGAAGUUUAACUUUGUGGACCUGAGCCGUGUUGCUAUCCAUGGUUGGUCCUACGGGGGUUUCCUGUCUCUCAUGGGCCUCAUCCAGCGACCCAACAUCUUCAAGUUGGCAAUCGCAGGAGCCCCAGUAACUGUGUGGAUGGCCUAUGACACAGGAUACACAGAGCGCUACAUGGAUGUGCCUGAGAACAACCAGCAGGGCUACGAGGAAGGAUCUGUGGCGCUACACGUGGACAAGCUGCCCAGCGAGCCCAACCGGCUGCUCAUUCUCCAUGGCUUUCUAGAUGAGAAUGUGCACUUUUUCCACACCAACUUCCUGGUGUCACAGAUAAUCCGUGCUGGAAAGCCCUACCAGCUUCAGGUCUAUCCCAACGAGCGGCACAGUAUUCGCUGCCCUGAGUCUGGGGAGCACUAUGAGAUAAUGCUGCUGCACUUUCUACAACAGUACCUCUGAAAUGAGACUAUCUGGUUCUCCUCCACCCUCCCGUACUCCUCCAACCAUAUGCCGUCUUUAUUCUCAAAGCAACGUCCCCGCCUACCCUUACCUAUCAUUAGACAUCCAAACGCCACAAGGUAGACGAUCCCGUCAUCUCACUCACCCCCCCGACUUUUGUUUUUCACUGUUCAUCCAGUUCUGUAACGUCGUCUGUGCACCAUGGGGAAAUAUGUGUCACAUCUUCGUCGCUGUGGUUGGUUUGUUUGCUUGUUUGUUUUUUUGCCAAAUGAUGUUGUUUCCCCUCCCCCACCUGGCUCUGUGGAAGGAACGGCGCUACAGUGCAAACAUGAGCUCCUACACUACAUGUAGACGUGUAAAAUACAGUUGAUGUCCCACGUAAACACGGACAUGGCCACGCUGUUGCAGUAUCCGUACAUGUGAGUCUGUACCAUGCAGUUUGUGGAGUGAUGCAGAAAGGAAGGAAAUCAGGGCUGUUCCUGCCUCCACUUCUUUUAAAUGUGUGUUUAGAAUAAAAUAUUUUUAUGGAUUUUUAUUCUUUUUUUUUUAUGAGUGUCGAUUGAAAGCGCUCAGUGAUACUUUAGCGCUGUUUUCUCCCCUCAUAUUACAUUACUCAAGAUGUCUGCUUGCCUUCUUAAUAUAUAAUUUAUAUUUGCCAAAGUACCUCUUGACUCUUGAUCUUGCUGGUAUUUCCUUUUUUUACUGCAAUAAAGACAACAGGAGGGUGAGCACUGGAGUCUUACAACAGCUUUGUACCACCGAAAUACAAUUUGUACAUGAUGAUGAAUAAAUGUAUGAAUCUGUCA